UUGUUGAUACCACCCACGAAAAGGAUAAUACUGGUGUGAAUGCAAAUGAAAAUGAGCUUGCUGACGCUAUUAAUAAUAUGGCCAUAAACGACGCGGACGAAGAUAAACUUUAUGAUCCAUCACGUUCAAUAACCCAACGCAUCGAAACUGCUGUUCAAAAAUACAGAAAGAACCGUAAAUUCAGUCCGACCCGCAACCAAGUAUUUAGCUCAUAUCUUCGGUUCGGUGGUAUCAAUACUGGCCAGAAAUCAUUUUUAGGUCAAGACGGACUUAAUUGCGAGGAUGCAGAUGCAGAUGAAAUAGCUGCGCGACGCGCCACAGAUUAUAUUGAGGAAAAUGAUGAUGAGCUGGAAGUGGAUUUUACAUACACAAUUCGUGUCUACUUGUCAAGUUAUUUGAUCGAUAAAUCUGGUUAUGUACAAAUGGAUCAAUUUCGUGAAGCGCCCCUUGUUGUCACGUCAUUCUUAAAUUAUCUGAUUAAGCAUGAAGUAUGUAAUGAGUAUCUUUCUGAUAUGCAAGAGGCACUGAAGAUUGCAGAACGUGCAAAAUACGAACUUCCGAACUGCAAAUUAUUUGCACAGCUUGCACCGGGAAAAUUUAAUAAGGCGUGUUCUUUGAUAUUCGGUGGCGAGUUAUAUGGAAUGUUUGAAAGUACGUGGUUUGGAGAAGAAAGUGUAGCAAAAAUGAUUGGUAUUUCACAAAACGAUGCAGAUCUGACUGUUAAAAAGAUUUUUGGUCAGAAUGUUCAGGGUGAGUUGAAGCAGGUGCCAGAAGCUUCAAAAAAAGCAUUAUUUGUUGAAGUUAUCGAUAUAGAACCAGUUCCAGAUUCAGUAACAUCAGAUAAAACGAUCAAUGAAGAAACGUCGACCACGGAAGAUAUCACUGCGAACAGUACUACCAUAGAAACUAAUGCUACGGAAUGCACUAUGAAUGAACAGACUUCAUUGAAUGAUGAAUAUCUUCAAAAGAUGUCCGUCCGCGCGUUUCAAGUGUCUGAUGCAGAAACAAUCACCGUUUAUAUUGAACCUGAUAUUGCACGAUGUGCUACGCUUGGAAUGCUUAUCACUGCAGAUUUUCAUCAAUUGAAUAAUGGUCGGUGGUAUUUUGAUCGAGUUACAAAUGUAUAUCCUUCUUAUUACCUUGUUGGUGAAGAAUCAUCUGAUGAAGAUGAGUAG